AUGCGGGAGCUGCGCUCGUCCUCCUUCUGGAGGGCUGUCCUGGCUGAGUUCCUGGGCGGCCUCCUCUAUGCUCUGCUGGGUUUGGGGGCUUCCCUACGCUGGACCCCAGGACCCCCCAGUAUCUUUGGAGCCGCCAUGGCCUUUGGCUUUGCCCAAACCACCUUGGUGCAGGCGUUGGGUCACGUCAGUGGGGGUCACCUCAACCCAGCCAUCACGUUGGCGUUCCUGAUGGCCUCGCAGCUCUCCGUGCAGGCUGUGGGCUACAUGCUGGCUCAGGUGCUGGGAGCGCUGGCUGGGGCUGGGGUGCUCUAUGGGGUGACACCAGCCCCUGUCCGUGGCACCCUUGGCCUCAACCAUGCUCCGUCCGCGCAGCUGCACCCCGGCGUGGGCCCGGGCCAGGGCACGGUGCUGGAGCUGCUCCUUCACCGCCCAUCGUCCUCUGCGUCUUACUGCGUCUUCGCCAGCUUCGACGAUCGUCACGACGGGCGCCCCGGCUCUGCCGCGCUGCCCGUCGGCUUCUCCCUGGCCCUCGGCCACAUCUUCGGGAUCCACUACACGGGCGCCGGGAUGAACCCCGCGCGCUCCUUCGCUCCCGCUGUCAUCACCCGCAACUUCGCCAACCACUGGGUGUACUGGGCGGGCCCGCUGCUGGGCGCGGCGCUGGGCGCGGUGCUGUACGAGUUCGCGCUGUGCCCGCGGCCGCGGAGCUUGGCCGAGCGCCUGGCCGCCCUCAAAGGCGAAGCUCCCGCAGCCGCCCCGCCCCCGGAGCCGCCGGCAGAGCCGCUGGAGCUGAAGACUCAGGGGCUGUGA